GGGUCGGGCCGCAUGAGGCGGGGCUUGCGGGGCCGCGCUGCUGGGUGCGAGGGAGCCAUGGCGCUCUCCUGGCUGCAGCGCUUCGAGCUCGCGCUCUUUGUCCCCGCCUUCCUGUGCGGGGCCUUGGCGGCCGCGACGCUCACCCGAACCCAGGCCUCCUUCAGUGGCAGCUGUCCCCUGUAUGGUGUGGCCACCCUGAACCAUUCCUCCCUGGCCUUGUCCCAAGGCUCAGCCCCCUCCCUCUGCUACUUUGUGGCUGGGGCCUCUAGCCUCCUGGCCCUCUACAGCCUCCUGCUUCUGCUCUUCUGGGUCUGCAGCAGCUGCAUUGAGGAUUCCCAAAGAGGCCGGGUAGGGCUCUGCAUCGCACUGGCCCUCUCAGCUGUAGCCAUCUUCCUGGUCUUAGUGUCCGCCUGUGUCCUUCGAUUUGGCACCAGUGCUCUCUGCAACUCCAUCCUCUCUCAGAACACUACGAUUAGCUGCUCAGAAGCCCAGAAAAUUCCAUGGACACCCCGUGGAACCGCUCUGCAUUUUUACUCCAACCUACACAAUGCUGAAAACGCUUCCUGGGUGAAUCUGGUGUUGUGGUGUGUGGUCUUGGUGCUCCAGAUCAUGCAGUUGAAGUCUGACACUACCCCAUUCCGGCCUCUGGAGACGGGGGACCCUGAGUGGAGCUCUGAAACAGACGUUCUGGUCGGGCCACGCCUUUCCCGUCCCUGACGCGUAACCGGAGUGCUUCCUGCAGCCCAUUUCUCCGUGCCCCAGUGCCUGCGAUCCUCUUGUCCCCGCUUGGCCCAGUGCAUGCUGGGAACCUCAGUUUUCCCUCCAAGAGGGAAAGUUGAUCAUAGGCCCCCUCCACCUCCCUUCUAACAGCUAUUUUUGUAUCAAUAUAUCAUUACUACUUUUUUCCUUCA